AUGGUCACAGGAGGACAAAGUCCCCCCACUCCUAGGACCCGGAACACAAGGUCCAUCACUAGGGGCGUCCGUUUAAGAAGCUGCGGAGAAAGUCAUCGCAAAAGUGGAGAGAGCACAUUCGAGCGGGGAGCGUGCCUCCGGGAGGACCUUCUUCGGAAGCAAUUAGGCGCCCGGCCCCCAGACCUUUCGGGCGCCCGUCCGGUCCUCAAGAUGCUGCAGGUGCUGGCGGUGCUGUUCGUGCUGUGGGUGCUGGCAGCGCUGCUGACGGCGGUGGCUCGGCGUUCGGCAGCUACGCGGCGCCACUGGCUCGACCAAGGCGUGGCCCAUGAGCCACCCCACCUGCUCUUCGGCUCAUUGUGCGACGUGCUGCUCUUCCGGAUCACCAUGGACGAGUGGCUGCGAGCGCUGUACGAGCGCUUCCCGGGCGAGCGAUUGGUGGGCUUCUGGCAAAUGCGCUCUCCCGCUCUGUUGGUGCGCGACCCGGCCCUAGCUCGCGCGGUGCUGAUGGGGGACUUCGCUUCGUUUCCCGGGCGCGGCGUCAAGGUCGAUGAGUCGGACCCUUCCGUUGUUCACCUUAUCAACAUCCAGGGUCCCCGCUGGCGCUGUCUGCGCACGCGUUUGUCUCCGUUCACCAGCUCGGGCCGUCUGCGCGCCAUGGUGCCGACGCUUCGGCGCGUCGCCUCCCACGCGUCGCGCCACAUCUCCGCCACCGCCGAACGGCCCACCGACACAGGAGAGGUCAUGACCAGGUACACGACGGACGUGAUCGGCACGUGCGUGUACGGGCUGCAGCUCGCGGCGCUGGGCGACCCCGCGUCGCGCUUCCACGCCCUGGGCCGCCGCGUGACGGGCAUCAGCGUGGGGAUGGCGCUGCGGCGUGCGCUGCGCCUGCUGGCGCCGCGCGUGGCGCGCCUGUUCAGCGUGCGCCAGUUCCCGCCGCAGCUCACCGCCUUCUUCUGCGGCGCCGUCGUGGCCGAGCUGGACCGCCGCGAGCGCGAGGAGCGGGACGGGCCGCCGCGCGCGGACUUCAUGCAGCUGCUGCUCGAAAUCCGGAAGGACAUGCGAAAAGCAAAGGUUGCCAGAAAGGAGGGUGAAAUCCAAGAUGAUGCCAAAUCUAAGAAGCCGAAAAACGGAGACUUCAUGAUUCAGGAUGUUGAUAUACCAGACUCCAUAUUGGCCGCCCAAGCGUUCGUGUUCUUCCUGGCGGGCUUCGACUCGCCGUCCAGCACGGCCACCUUCUGCCUGUACGAGCUGGCCAAGCGGCCCGACCUGCAGCGCAAGGCCAGGGACGACAUCCGGCGCGGCGUCCGGGCGGCGCGGGAGGCGGCUGGCGGGGACGGGGACGGGGACGGGGGCGGCGACGACGACCUCACCUACGAUGCACUGCAGGAGAUGACGUACAUAGACAUGGUCAUGGCGGAGACUCUGCGCAUGUAUCCUGUGACGGGCCAGCUGUUCCGUGAGUGCACGAAGAAGUACCGCUUCCCCGACAGCGACGUGGAGCUGCAGGCGGGCACCAUGGUGUUCGUCAGCAUCUUCGCGAUGCACCACGACCCGCUGUACUUCCCGGAGCCGGAGCUCUUCCGACCCGAGCGCUUCUCUCCGGGGGAGAAGGGCCUCAUCAAGCCCUACACCUACAUGCCCUUCGGCGCCGGCCCGCGAUUCUGCAUAGGCGAGCGCUUCGCGUUGCUGCAGAUGAAGAUGGUGCUGGCGCGCAUCCUGCUGGACUUCGAGGUGCAGACGUGCGCAGAAACCCCGCGGGCGCUGCAGUUCGACCCGCGCGCCUUCGGUCUGCGCCUGUCGCAGCCCGUGUGGCUGCGCUUUAUGUUGCGGCUGCAGUUGGUGCUGUUCGCUCUGUGGGCGCUAGCGGCGCUGCUGACAUGGGUGUUGCGGCGCACUGGCGCCACGCUGCGCCACUGGCGCGAGCGCGGGGUGGCUCACGAGGCGCCCAGCCUGCUCUUUGGCUCCGUGGGCGACGUGCUUCUCUUCCGAACCACCAUGGACGAGUGGCUGCGAGCGCUGUACGAGCGCUUCCCGGACGAGCGAUUGGUGGGCUUCUGGCGCAUGCGCUCUCCCGCACUGUUGGUCCGUGACCCGGCGCUUGCACGUGCUGUAUUGGCGGGGGACGUCGCUUCAUUCCCCGGACGUGGCAUCAAGGUGGAUGAGUACACGACGGACGUGAUCGGCACGUGCGUGUACGGGCUGCAGCUCGCGGCGCUGGGCGACCCCGCGUCGCGCUUCCACGCCCUGGGCCGCCGCGUGACGGGCAUCAGCGUGGGGAUGGCGCUGCGGCGUGCGCUGCGCCUGCUGGCGCCGCGCGUGGCGCGCCUGUUCAGCGUGCGCCAGUUCCCGCCGCAGCUCACCGCCUUCUUCUGCGGCGCCGUCGUGGCCGAGCUGGACCGCCGCGAGCGCGAGGAGCGGGACGGGCCGCCGCGCGCGGACUUCAUGCAGCUGCUGCUCGAAAUCCGGAAGGACAUGCGAAACGCAAAGAUUGCAAGAGAGCAAGAUGAUGUGCGAAAACAAGUUACCAAAUCUAAGAAUUUGAAUAAAAGUGACAUCAUUCUUCAGGAUAUUGAUAUAUCAGACGCCACAUUGGCCGCCCAAGCGUUUGUGUUCUUCCUGGCGGGCUUCGACUCGCCGUCCAGCACGGCCACCUUCUGCCUGUACGAGCUGGCCAAGCGGCCCGACCUGCAGCGCAAGGCCAGGGACGACAUCCGGCGCGGCGUCCGGGCGGCGCGGGAGGCGGCUGGCGGGGACGGGGACGGGGACGGGGGCGGCGACGACGACCUCACCUACGAUGCACUGCAGGAGAUGACGUACAUAGACAUGGUCAUGGCGGGUGAGUCAACUUGCUUCUCAGCUCUGGGGGGAAGGUUGAAGUACCGCUUCCCCGACAGCGACGUGGAGCUGCAGGCGGGCACCAUGGUGUUCGUCAGCAUCUUCGCGAUGCACCACGACCCGCUGUACUUCCCGGAGCCGGAGCUCUUCCGACCCGAGCGCUUCUCUCCGGCGGAGAAGGGCCUCAUCAAGCCCUACACCUACAUGCCCUUCGGCGCCGGCCCACGAUUCUGCAUAGGCGAGCGCUUCGCGUUGCUGCAGAUGAAGAUGGUGCUGGCGCGCAUCCUGCUGGACUUCGAGGUGCAGACGUGCGCAGAAACCCCGCGGGCACUGCAGUUCGACCCGCGCGCCUUCGGUCUGCGCCUGUCGCAACCCGUGUGGCUGCGCUUCGUGCCGUUGCGCCCCUCUGCGCACUGCGCCACCUGACUGCCCCACGUGGAGCAUAAGCACAAAGUGCAGGAAUUGUUAUUUGCGCGGUAGAUUUUAAUUUAAGUUGAUAGCACGAUCUAUACAGCGUCUUCUAGUCCAAUGAACGGCUUGCGAUCAAGAUUUAAGAAAAUAAUUAUCCCAUUAUCAUUUCUUUAAUUCAAAGAUCAUAAUAGAAUGAAUAAAUAUACUAAACAUAAAUUUAUCGAAAUUUAUCUCCUUAAAAUGUAUAUGUAGUUGUUUGUUAUUCACAGGGCCGGUUUAAGGUUCCACAACGUGAUUAAGCCGCUAUUUUGAAUCUGAAAAUUUCAUUGAUCAACUUCUGUACAAAUUAAUAGUAAAAUGCUCUUUCUUAUGUUAAUGAGUUAAUGAGAGUGCUGUUAUUUGUUUUCAUAAGGCCACCGCCUUCUAGAUUCUCACAUCCAAGGACUUUGGUGAAAUGAGUAGGAAACAGUAAACAUUGAAAUGAAGAAACAACACAAUAGUAAAUCAGGGUGAAGAUAAAUAGAAUUAAUAAUAAUAAUAAUAAUAAUAAUAAUCGUCAAUUUCAGGAUAUUACACACUACUACGUAAUAGGAAGAACCUUUAAAAUAAGAUUAUUAAAACAACGUUACAUUGUUCCUUCCGUUAUUGAUGCCAGGGUCUCAAUUUUAGACGGAAAAAUCUUGUAAACAAUAGCAGAUCUUUUUUUUUUGCCGUCGGCUUUAAGUGAACAUGUAAUAUACAUCAUUGCCGUAGCUCUUUUGUUAUUGUUUACACAUCGUUUACAGUACUUUCAUGCAGCUUGAAGAGUAACAGAGUGAAAUUAAGAAUUAUUUAGAAGAAAUUCCUUACAAGUUGACGUGUAAUGGAAUUAGGAUUCGCCGUGAGUUUAUGAAUUUCUUUAUUAUUGUGGUAUAGGAAAAAUACACACUUUGCGAUUAAUUUACUGAGUUACUCGAUUUUCAUGUUUAAAUUGUUUUUACGAAGAAUUGAUAUCAGAUUUAUCGUAAUAUACCUAUUAUGGUCUGAUGCUCAAGCGGCGUAUGCAUCUGAAAUUUAGAAAAAGCAAAUCAAUUUGUUCUAUAAACAUGAACAUUUGUGGACUCGAUCAAUAUAAUUAUUGUCAAACGUCAUUGUAGAUUAUUUAUUUUCCCUUCAAUUUAUUUUUCGUCUAUAUCAUUGGUGUUGUUCAAAUUAAAUAGGUGAUUAAAAUGCAUCGUGUUCUUCUAGACACGAGUGUAUUCCACUGGUUUUCGCCAAUGGUGACUUUUUUGUUAGACUUUUUUUUAAAUGUAAGAAAUAAAAUUGCAGAUUUGCAUUACAUUUUUAGAUUCAAUGGAUAUAUUUAUGCACUUAACACUAAAGUAACCGCUUCAUUAACACCUCUCAUGCACAUUUUACUUAUUGAAUUUUUGAAAUCAUGUUAUUUAUCGACUAUGAAUAGGUAACACUUAUGUGUCUGCUCUUGGAUGACACCAGUGAGGACAGAUUAGCUAAUGUUUUGACCUCUCGUAGCGUUCUUUAAGGCUGGAGCGCAUUUCAAAGUCUUAAGAAUUUUUAAUUGUUUUUGGCAGAAACGUUUGUGGAUCUCAAUCUGUUUGUCAAUAUCUGAACGAACUUCCGUGGCUUGUAGAAAUUUUACAUUAAGUCAGCAACCACGUUGCAGGAAAUAAUUUCAUGGAAGUGCACUUGCAAUUGAAUUGUCAGAGGCGACAGGUCGCAACAUGGCCUGCUUUUCGUACCGGAAUGUGCAUGAGACAGAACGUGAAGCUCAAAAGUUUGAGCAAAAGUCUAGGCAAUGAAAGAGUUGUUUUAAAUCCCAAAAAUAUUUCAUUAUUGAUGCGCUCAUUAUCUGGAUAUGCGGGUAUUGUAAGAAUUAUGAACUUGCCUCGUGAUGGGCGUGCCAAUUAGGAACGUAAUUAAACCUUUCCAAUUCAUCAACUAUUAAACUUAUUUUAUCAUUCUCCACGCUGGGUAACCAUUUGUAACGUUUCUGUGAUGCUUCUAAUUUAAUGACACCUCUAUGCGGCCACGAAGGGUGCCCUUCGCGAAAGCCGUAUUUAAAGUCAGGAAUCACAUCUUUAAUUAUAGGCUUGAGACGCUGUAAGAGAAGUUUUUCAAAUACUUUUGAUAGGUCAGGUAACAGACUAAUCAGUCCGUACGACGUCACUUCCGUGGCAGUCUUUCCUGGUUUUAAGAUCACAAUUAUUUGAGCGUAUUUCCAUUGACAAGGCUAAAGACUACUUCGAAGUAUCGCGUUGAAUAUACUUGUGACGAAUGCAUAUCCUUUUCUUGGCAUUUCCUGUAAAUUCUUACCAGUAAUAAGGUCAAACCCUGGACUUUUUGUAGGAUGCGUGUGUUUUUUAAUUGUUUGUUCGACUUCCCGUGAGUUGAAAUUCUUUACGGGCAGUGAUAACUGUAAAGGCAUGUCCAAAAGCUUUAGCACUUUAUUUUCAAUUGUACUUGCAUUUCCUGCUUGUUUGAAAACUGUUGCAAAGUGUUUUGCUAAGCAAUCGAACUUUUCUUCUGCGCUUCUUGCCUACAUGCCAUCUUCUUUUCGAAUUGGUGCGAUAUGCUGGUGAGGUCGUUUCAGUUUUCGUGUUGCUUUCCAAAGCGAAUAAUUAGUUUCAGUAGUAGGUGAUAGUGCUUGAAUGUAAUUAGAGAAUGAUUUGUUUUCGUAUUCCUUAAUUUGACGCGUGAAUUGUCUGGUUGUAGUGUUAUAUUUUCUUUUGUCAUCUGGUAGACGUGUCGUCAUGAAUAUUCGUCGUAGUCGACGUUUUUCUACCACAAAACAUUUGCAGAUUUAGAUCCUGACUGAGGACUCCUUAACGAUAAUUCCUUGUAAUAAUAUGUAAGUUUACAUUUAAGUAUAGUAAGUAAGUCUUUUAACACAUAUGUAUGGUUAUAUUUACUGAGCUAUGAACUUCUGCAAAAAUAAAAAAAAUUAAUUCAUAAUCUCUAUCCCUCCUAUAGAUGUUACAACUGCACGAUUAAUUCAUUGACGUAUAUUCCAUUACGCAACCAGGUCUCUGUAAAAACAUGAACACCUGAUUCCCGUAGUUGUAUCUUGAAAUGAGCGAGUUCCUCUAGUUUUGAUCUAAGACCCCCUCACAUUGUGGUAAUAUAUGCCAAGUUGAUUGUUCAGUUUUUUGAUGCCUCAAAAUUAUUCUCUGCAUUUUUUCAAUUAUGCCUUUAAUGACAGUAAAUCCAUUUAUAUAUUUUAUAUACUUUUUACUUUUAUUUUCUCCAUUAUUUAUUUCCAAUUUUAAUUGAUUAUAAUGAUUAAUCUGAAUUUUAGUGCAACAAUCUUGAUAAUUGACUUCAUUUUUAAAUACGUUUUUCUUUUUAAAAUUUUUUGAACAGUUUCCACAUUUCCAAACGUUACUCUGGAUGGUCUUGGUUUACUUACAACAUUAGCGGGUAUUAUCACCAACCUACUAGGUUCACUAAGUUUUACUACAAUUUUAUCAAUUGACGCUUUGUCGUAAUUUAUUCUAUUACUCAAAACACCACUAUUCGACUCUCU